GCAGUUGCAGCAUCACAUUUACUUGCACAAUUUUUUCUUGCACAAAAAAUUAUAAUUAAUUACUUCAAAUUAAACUCAGGUGGUCUCCAGAAAUCAGGCUGCAUGGCCAUGGAUUCUUCAUUUUCACAGGAAAUGGGAUCACAGACACUAGAAAGCAUGGUGGUGAUUGGGACAAAAGGAAAUCAAGAAAAGAAGGCAACAAAUAUUAGGGCAGGUGACCAACUGCCCCAGAACUGCCCGAGAUGUGAUUCAACCAACACAAAGUUCUGUUACUACAACAACUACAGCCUUUCUCAGCCGAGGUACUUCUGCAAAUCAUGCAGAAGAUACUGGACUAAAGGCGGAACCCUCCGGAAUGUUCCGGUGGGCGGCGGCUGCCGUAAGAACAAGAGAUCGUCGUCGUCUUCGUCUUCGUCGAAGAGAUCGUCGAUUAGCCAAGAUGAGAAAAUCCCCAGCAGCCCCAAUCCUAAUUGUUUCAACAUACCUACUUUGUGUAACUACGAUUCCGGGAAUCCAAACAUGCCCUUAGGUGGUGGUGGUGGGAAUGUUCUUGAAAACCCUAGAGGGUUUCACAAUCUUUACUAUGGAAUUGGGGAUAGUGGAAUCAACCUCGGAAUGGGAAUAAGUGGUGGUGGUGGUGGAAUAUUCCAUGAGAUGGGAUUUGAUCAGGAGUUUGGUGGCGGUGCAAUUACUACUAGCACGGCGAAGCAAGAGAUAAGCGGCGGUGGUGGUGGUGGUGAGAGCGGCGGGAGAGGGUUGUGGGGAUUCCCAUGGCUGCAGAGUGGGAAUGUGAAUGCCGGUGGGGAUGGGAAUUACUACAUGGGGGAUCUUGAUUCCGACAGAGGUGGAAGUUGGAACGGAAUUGCAUCGUCUAAUUGGCAUGGACUUCUCAAUAGCCCUCUUAUGUAAAUUUAAUACAUUAUAUGUGUUUUUUUUUUUUUUGGUGAUUUCGUUUUCGAUGAAUCGGAGUUUGUUCGAACCUAAUUAAUUAGUCACUAUUAUAUGAGAAGUGUUGUUGUGCUUA